AUGGUGGGGGUCUUCUAUAGAAUACCAAGCCAGGCAGAGGACAUGGAUGAAACACUCCUAGAACAGAUUACAAAGUUCUCAAAGAGACGGAACACGGUGGUUAAAGUGGAGAGGAGGAAAAGGGAAUCUGUUAUCUUGGACCUGAUUCUCAUCAACUGGGAAGAACUGGUUGACAAGGUGAAAGUAGGGAGCACCUUGGGUAACAGUGACCAUAUACUAAUGCAUAUGUGUGGCCUCUUUCAGAUCUCUGCCUGUAGAAUGCACCCCCCAAAUGUCCUGCUUGCUACAGCCGCUCUUCUUUUUGCAUCCGAUAUGACCAGUUCAGUGGAACCAAAGGAUGAUGUGUGGAGGGAACAUCUUGCAGAUGUGGUCAACAUAAAACAUGUGAAGAAUAUUUCUCAAAUUAUUAACCGUUUUAGUGCUGUCGCAAGAACAGCUAUUCCUUACAUGAGAGACUGCGAUGAAAUGUUUCAAACAGGCCACACACAUAGUGGUCUUUACAUAAUACGCCCUGACAACACCCGCAAACUGGUGGUCCAGUGCUAUAUGGAUGGAUGCAAUGGGUGGACAGUGAUCCAGAAGAACAGCUUUGACACUGAACUCGUUUGGUCAGAGACGUGGACAACCUAUAAAUAUGGUUUCGGUAACUUGGAGGAUGAUCACUGGCUAGGCAACGAGUACAUCAGCCUCAUUACCCAACAGAAAUGGUACAAAGUCAGAAUUAGCUUGGUGGAUGCUGACGGCAAUCAUAAGUAUUCAGAAUAUGAUAGCUUUGUCUUGAAUGAUGAAGGAAGUGGUUAUAAGCUGAUCCUAGGGACGUAUGAAGGUAAUGCAGGGGAUCCUCUCACUUCCUCACUGACCAAAAACUUACAUGACAAUAUGAGGUUCUCCUGUAAAGAUAAGGAUCUUGACAGAUCGACUUUAAUUAACUGUGCAGAUGUCCAUGGUGGGGGAUGGUGGUAUGAUUCGUGUUUUGAUGCACAGUUAAAUCGCAAAGGUGGUCUUCACUGGGGCACCCUAUGUGAUGAGAACUGCAGGAAGUCAGUUAUAAUGCUGAAGCCCAUCCACAUGUAUUGCAGCAGGGUUUAGAAUGUGUCGUGUGCAGACAGUAACAUUAUGAACCAGUCAUUUAACAUGGAGUGAGGGGGGGGGGGAGCAGGAACACUGAAAAUCCCAUUGAUUUUACACCUUUAAAAACUAUUGCACCUCCUUUUGCUGCCCCCUGAGGAAAUUUAACAACUCUGUACAAACUCGUUUCUGACUCAACAAUGCAGUCUCCCCAUUCUCCAAUAAAAUCCUUCUUCCACCAGCGCAAA